AUGAACGCACCGAUCCACUCUCCCAAGCGCCAGGACUCCACGUCCUCGGUAUCGUCGUCCUCCUCGCACCUGUCCACGAACCAGAUGGUCCCGCCGCCCCAGGCCACCGGCCAGGCCGCCCCGUCGACCGAGGCCUUCCUCCGCGACUUCACCCUCGUCGCCGAGGCCGCGAAACGCGCUCAAAUGGCUGUCAUGAUGCGCGACUUUGAGUCCUGCGGCCUACAUUGCCGAACCAUCGGACGAGAGGAGCCGCUGAAACAGCGCGGGCCCGAGAACCCCGAGGCUGCGCGCACGGCGACCUCGCGUGACGCUUUCCGGGGAGCCGGGGAAGAAGACAAGUUCACGAGGGUCGACGAUCGACCCAAAGUCUUCUCAUUUCCGCUCGUUGCCAUUUCCAUCAUCCGACAUCCUUCACCGCUUCGCUACAGUGUUCAAUCGACGUAG